GUAGUGCUCUUCCUUCUGCUUCCCAGUUUAUUCCUUCAACAUGGUUGUGGUGUGUCUAAAGUGUCGUCCUUUGGUUAGUAGUGAAUCUCUAUCCAAACAGUUAUGGACCUUUAAGAAAUGUUGAUAGGAAGUGAUAUAUAGAAUCAAGAAAUAUGGAGAAUAAAGAAAGAAGGGUCUACAAAGUCGUCCUGACAGGAGGUCCCUGCGGCGGAAAAACCACUGGUCAAUCAAGGCUCUGCACUUUCUUUGAAAAUUUAGGAUGGAAGGUAUUCCGGGUUCCGGAGACAGCUACUGUACUUCUCAGCGGCGGCAUCAAAUUUUCAGACUUGUCAGAGGAGGAAGAAGCUCAAGAAUGCCACUGCCAGAAACGUUGUGCGGGUGUGUAUCGUCACCGACAGGGAUACAAGUUCCAGGAGAACUUACUCAAGACGAUGCUGCAGAUUGAGAACACGUUCUUUGAACUUGGCGAGAGUUGCAGUCGGGACUGCCUCAUCAUCUGUGACAGAGGUGCCAUGGACGCUUCUGCUUUUAUAUCGCGGGACAAGUGGGAACGGAUGAUGUCGGCCAACGGCUGGAACUCCGUAGAAUUGCGGGACAAUCGGUACAACCAGAUUGUACACCUGGUCUCAGCAGCCAAUGGUGCAGAGGAUUUCUACAGCACCGAGGACCACGCAUGCCGCAGCGAGACUGUGGUGUUGGCACGGGAGUUGGACUACAACGCAGCUGCAGCAUGGGUCGGUCAUCCUUACUUCGACGUCAUUGACAACUCCACAGACUUUGAGACCAAGAUCUGUCGGAUGAUAGCUAGUGUUUGCCAAAAACUGGGCAUUGACACGGGUGACCGCCUCACAACCAACUCGCGCAAGCGCAAGUUCCUGGUGCGCGGCCCUCUGCCUGACGACUCUGUAUUCCCUCCGUUUCAGGACUUUGAUGUGGUCCAUAACUAUCUCCAGACAUCGACUCCAAGCAUGCAGGCGCGACUGCGCAAACGCGGACAAAAAGACAGUACUGGGUUGGCAGGCCACUGGUCGUACAUCCACACGAUACGCAAGCCCAAGAUGCGCGGCCAGGUGGUGGAAGUCAAGACGCAACUGACGCACCGAGACUACAUCAACAUGCUUGCGCAGCGGGACGACUCGCACUUCACAAUAUUCAAGCGGCGGCGCUGCUUCCUCGAUAACAACCAGUAUUUUCAACUUGACAUCUACAGGGAGCCGUGCCAUCCGAGGUGUAUAGGCCUGAUACUGCUGGAGACGUACUCCGCGCUGGACAACGGAGCUCUGGAGAAGUGUCUGCCCAAGUUCCUGACUCUGGUGGAGGAGGUCACCGGUAACCCUGCGUACUCCAUGUUCAACUUGUCACUACGCGAAGAGUGGAAUAAGACCACUAAGUUCUGUCGAGCUUUCCAAGGGGAUGAUAAAGAGAAGAUCAAGAUCAACAACAACGAGUCGCCCCAUGAAGGGAGGGAGGUGAAUGGUGGUGUCUAACCCGGUACUUACGAGCUGUGACUUAACCUUAUGUAUUUCUUAUUUACUUAAAUAAACACACCAAACUAUAUUUCAA